AUGGUUCAUGAGUCGUCAUUAUCAUCUCCUGUUUCAGCUACAGGGUCUCCGCCAACAGUUGUUGUUCCUGAUGACAGCUCUUCUGUUACUCCUCUGCUAGGUAUGCGUACACAAGGGCAAGCAGGUAAAGUUUUUCCAAAGAAGUUCCAUGAUGGCACCAUACCGUAUGAUCCAAAGAAACGAGCUUUUUUAGCUGCACCUACUUCUUAUAAGAUCGCUUUGACUGAUCCCGCUUGGCGAACUGCAAUGGAGGAUGAGUUUUGUGCUCUUACAAAGAACAAUACAUGGUCUCUUGUUCCAAAACCUCCUGAUGACAUUGUAAUUGUUGGAUCAUCUCAACACGCAGUUGAUCAACUUCUUUGUGCCUUAUCCACUUCUUUUCCGAUCAAAGAUCUGGGUCGGCUGAAUUAUUUUCUGGGGAUUGAAAUACUUCACAACUCAGGGGGCAUUGUAUUGAUGCAACAUAAGUAUGCGACAGAUCUACUUAAUCGUUUUAAUAUGAUGAAUUGUAAAGGUGUUUCAACCCCUAUGUCAGUAUCUGAUAAGCUUACUCUUGACUAUGGAACUACACUAAAUAGUAAUGAUACAGCCAAGUAUAGAAGUAUGGUGGGAGCUCUGCAGUAUCUUACAUUGACGAGGCCAGAUAUCUCUUUUUCCUGUCAAUAA